UGGAUCGAGGGUUGGCUAGUAGUUUUAGGUUAUAGUAACUUUACCAUAUUUUAGUUGUUAGCCUAGCCAAUGUAUUAUUUUUUAUAAAAAAUAUUUUUUACAUAUAUUCCUACUUUUCCUCCUGUAUUGAAAUCAGUGAUCAUGGCCAGUCCCCGAACUAGAAGGGUCCUUCAAGAUUUGAUGCCUCAAUAUGACAACUCGAAAUGUUUUGAGUGUGGAGCCCACAACCCUCAAUGGGCAUCAGUGACAUAUGGAAUCUGGAUUUGUCUGGAAUGUUCCGGAAAGCACCGAGGGCUCGGGGUUCAUCUGUCUUUUGUUCGAUCAAUAACAAUGGACAAAUGGAAGGAUAUAGAGUUGGAGAAAAUGAAGGUUGGUGGCAAUCGUAGAGCUAGAGAUUUUUUCGAUGACCAAGAUGAUUGGGAUGACACAAUGCCCAUCCAGCAACGUUACAACACCAAAGCUGCAGCCCUGUACAGAGACAAGAUUGCAACGCUGGCCCAAGGCAAACCCUGGGAUGAGGCCAAGGCUUCUGCACAAGUUUACAGCUCUGGUUCAUCAUCCAGGUCGCAGCCCCAGCAGAGAACCUCUUCACCGCAGUAUGAUAACUCUUAUGAUGGCUCAAGCUACCAGAACAUGAACUCUCAGAAUUUUAAAGAUGAGACGGAAGCGUUCUUCAAUCGCAAACAGUCAGAAAAUUCCACCAGGCCAGACCAUGUUCCCCCCAACCAAGGAGGGAAGUACUCAGGGUUUGGUUACACGAUGGAUCCACCUCCAAAAAGCCAAUCUCAAGAGUUUUUCGACACUGCUGUCUCGUCCUUAGCCAGUGGAUGGUCCCUGUUUUCGACUGGUGCCACCAAACUUGCCACCAAAGCUACAGAAAGCGCCAUUAAAGUGGGUGGUAUUGCGACUCAAAAGGUAGCUGAAAUUGGUGUUAAUGUUAAUGAUAAGGUAAAAGAAGGUAAAUUGUUGGACGAUGUACAGUCACAAGUCUCUAGUUUGGCGAGCAAGUUUGUCGAGUUAACCUCUGAUCGACCCACCGAAGCAUGCAGCAUGACAGUCAGUGAGAUGGGACGCAGAGGUUGGCAAGAUCUGUCAGGUACCAACACGCCAGCGCCUCCCCCACAGUCUGCAUCAGCUGAUAACUUUCCUAGCUACUCCAACUACUCUUCUGAAAAGUCGUCGCUUCUUGUCGACGGAAACUUAAAGCAAAGAAACCAAAGCGGAGGAUCUCAAGGAGAUUGGGGCGGAAAUUGGAACGAAGCAAGUAACGAAAGAAAAAGAAACUCCGUUCCACCUGACACCGACUCAUACAGGAGACGGACAAAAGAAGAUGAGAUAUGGGAUGAAAUCAAUAACUAGUGAGAAAAAGAAUUGUUGUUGCGUAAGAAUUUUAGUCUUCUAGUUAAUCAUUUUAAGAGAAGAUAUUUCCUACAGCCAGUAUCGAGACUAAAAAACAUUAACAUUCGAUUCAGUAUUUAACUUUUGCAUUGUUUUCAGUUGUAUUGAUGUGGUAUGUUCUUGUAGCGAAAUAUCUCAACUGUCAUUUUACAUUAAAGAAUUAAUUUUCAUGUUUAAGACAAGAAAUGUGUUUGUAUAAUAGAAUACAACUUAUUUUUUCAACAAAAAUUGAUCAAAUUCUCUGCUGUUUAUAAAACUUAAAUGCAGAAUUUUAUCUCUUGCUGAAUCGUGGCGCAAUUUAAAAACUUCUGUUUCCAUGAAUUUUUAGUGUUUUUUUAGGAAGUUUGAGACAUCUUUUUAUGUGAAAAUAAUGAAAAGUAUUUGUCAAUUUUAUUGCUUACGAAUACUGCAACUGGACAAAAUGUUGUCAAUAAGGUAUGUUAAAAUCAAUUAUACUGUUGGACUUCCAUUUGUGAUGGUUAAAAAGCAUGAUUGUUAAUUUUUAUUUCAACCAAACUAAGGUAUUUUAAAACUAAGCCUUAUAUGAUAACAGCUGUAUCCAUGCAAAGGCAUUUAGGCACCACUGUAAACAAACCCAAGAAACAUGCAUUCCAGAUAAGCUAAUAAUAAAAUUUUAUUUUUAUUUAUCUUCAACCUGAGUUUAUUGACUUGCUAUGUUUAUUAUUUAUUUAUUUUCAACUCUUAAUUCGAACUAUAAUUUAUGUUUUCUGUGUAUAUGUGUGUUAUAUAUAGGCUAACAUUAAACAACAUACAAGGUUUCUUUCAAAAUUCCCAAUGAAAGUAGGCAAUAGGAUGGCCGUUAUUAAUAAUCAAUGUGUAAAUGCGGAGUAGAAUGGCAGAAUAAAAUGUUUUGAGAAAUAUUCAAAAUGUGGUCAUAAAUUAUUUUUAUGUAGGCCUACGAGUGAUUUUUAUUCUUGAGAUAAUUCUGAAAGAUUAUUUAUCUCUGUAAAACAGAUCUAGUAUCAUUACCGUUGAGAACUUUGAUAAGCACAACAAAAAACGUUUAUUGUACAGUUCUAAAGACUAAAAACGUUUACUAUCAAUUAAUGGUUAAAUAGUUAUAUUCAUCUUGUAUAUUACAUUGUUUCUUAGAAUAUUUAGAAUAACUGUUCAUAUAAAUACAUGAGUGUCAGAAGUUACACAUUAAGUAUCCUGUGUACAGAAUAUUCUUGGUUAUUCAUAAGGAAAUUUUCCACUUGUAUUAUUGGUUUUUCCAUUCUAUCACUGCAGUAAAAUUCAAAUUCCUUUCUAUGACACUGUGAUAUUAUUGUACUUGAUUUAAUAGAGCUACAUGUUUUUUUCUUUGUAUGUUUUAAAGAAGUUAUUUUACACAUUUAUUGUAUUUUAGUGAUGGUACAAUAUAUAAAUUCUAUGAAUCUAAAAAUGUUAAAUAA